AUGGAUUCCAUCUACUCGGCCACUUACAGCCAGAUACCAGUGUAUGAAUUCAAGCUAGAUGGCGAAAGUAUUAUGCGGCGGAGGCAUGAUGAUUGGGUGAAUGCUACACAUGUUCUCAAAGCUGCAGGCUUUGACAAGCCUGCCAGGACUCGAAUUCUGGAACGAGAAAUUCAAAAAGGAGAGCAUGAGAAGGUGCAAGGCGGCUAUGGAAAGUACCAGGGAACCUGGAUACCCCUCCAAGAGGCUCGUUUGUUAGCAGAGCGGAACAAUGUUCUCACCAAGUUGGCGCCCAUCUUCGAUUACGUCGCUGGUGAACACAGUCCGCCACCUGCCCCCAAGCACGCGUCCGCGUCUUCCAAACCACGGGCACCACGAAAAUCAAAGAAAGACACCGCUGCCACAACAGCCGCUGCCGCUGCCGCCGCUACUGCUGCGGCGGAGGCCUUCUCUGUGAUGGGUCCUCCAACCCUCCCCCGUGAUCAACCAACAAUUCCUCACGAAGAAUACGACAUGGGCGCCGGUUUCGACGACAAUGAGUCCGUUGAACAUACAACGCUCGACUCAUCAUCCAUGAUGGCCGAUGAAGAUGCGCACUUGUCGCAACAUGGGGGACGAAAGCGCAAGCGUGGGACUAAUCAAGGGCCCAUAAUGAGUGUACACGAACAGGAACACGUCAUGUAUGGCGAUCAAUUGCUCGACUACUUCAUGACCGUCGGCGACGCCCCCCAAGCGACGCGCAUUCACCCUCCAGUCCCUCCCGCCAAUUUCCAAAUUGAUCGACCCAUUGAUGAUUCGGGCAAUACGGCCCUGCACUGGGCCUGCGCCAUGGGCGACUUACAGAUUGUUCAAGAUCUACUUCGUCGAGGAGCGACUAUUUUCUCACUCUCCAUUCAUGAAGAAACCCCUCUCGUUCGCGCUGUGUUGUUUACCAAUAACUACGAAAAACGGACUUUCGGCGCUCUGCUUGAUGUCCUGUUGGACAGUGUCGCAUUCCGUGACUGGUUUGGGGCUACUAUCUUUCACCACGUUGCAGAGACCACAAGGAGCAAAGGCAAGUGGAAGAGCUCCAAGUAUUAUUGCGAUAUCCUCCUCGAUAAGAUAUGCAACAACCUGUCUUCAGAUGAGGUCGACUUGCUGUUAGCUUGCCAGGACAACAACGGUGACACGGCCGCCCUUGUGGCUGCUCGCAACGGGGCAUUCCACCUAGUGAAUAUGCUGGUAGCGCAUUGCCCACGAACCAUGCAUCUCGUAAACAAAAAAGGCGAGACUGCCAGCCAAAUCGCUCAACGAUCUAAUAUCGAGGCUGAAGCACCGGUUGCCACGUCGUCUAUUGCCAUGGCCAACGACCAGAUAGAUGGAGAACUUACUGCCCCGAUGCCUUCGGACCACAUGUCCAUCACAUCACAGCAAGUUGAUUCUGCUGCAAACUCAGACCUGCUUUCCAAGAUUGGUGCGAUUAUGGCCGACGCCAACAAGAGACUUGGGUUGACCUACGGCGACCCCCAAACCUCUCAGCGAGAGUCAACCGACAUUGCCAACCCAGAAGCACUGCAUCGACAACUUGAGUUGGAUCGGGACAACAUUCGCAAACAGAUGUCUAUGCUGACCUACAAGGAGGCCGAGGCGCCCAUCGAUAGCGAGUUGAGCGUUCUGGGUGAAGCGCAGAUCAGGUACAAGUCUCUGGUUGAGCAUGACCAUCACAGUCGUCUGCAGAAUUUCUUGAGCGCAUCAGUCUUAUCCACAGAUUCAUCCUCUCAGGGUGUGGAAACUGCCACCGAAAAAUACCAAAUUACACGUCAACUCCUCCUUGCGCACUCGCGGCGCUGUGAAGCAGUCAAAGGUCUUGCACAGCAGACCGCAGAUGCAGGUGUGAGCACCAAGUUUGAUGUGCACCGUAAACUAGUGACUCUGGCCACUGGUUUAAAAGAGGAAGAACUGGACCCAAUGGCGUCUGAACUUGCCGCAGAACUCGAAUUUGACCGCUUGAAUGGCAAAGGACCAUCUAACGGGCAGGAUAACAUUGAAGAUGGUUUCUUCCAAUAG